GACCGCUCAGAUUCUAAUCGAGCCAAUGAGAUCACGCGAAGCUCAAACAUACUGUCAAGUUGUGUCAACUUUGAUUUCACGCAAAUCUUAUUCUCCUCACAUGUAUAUCAAACAGCUUCAUCAAAUCUCUUACAUUGAUCUCCGGAUAUCGGGUAACGGACAAUGUUACUCAAACAUUUAAUCUCAAAUAUACUUCGCCAUGCAUAGGCAGAUUUAGAGUCUAACUUGUUCUAAUCCCUUCGACCAUCUCGAUACGCCGCGCCAAUGUCAUGAGAAUGCUACUGUGAAUAUAAUAAGUACUUGCUGGCCAGCUGGAUAUUGGUUGGAAUCAUUUUCAUAAAUUCAUAACAUUCACAAUAUUCGCGAGUCAAGUCAAUCUGGGCACCAAUUAAAAAUAUUCAUCCUGCACACCGAGAGAGUGCAGACAGAGCAGUUACAAGUCAUCGUCACGUUACACCCAAACACGCGUGUUAUAAUCAGAUCUUCAGCCUUACCGUCUUCCAGCUACGACAUCUUACACCCCACCUUCCUAUUCUGGUACACAACCUUGAUACGUUCGACAACCUCAUCAUGUCUUUUAAUUCUCAAAACCAUGGCAGUGACCUCAAGCGUAAGAGUGGUUUAUUGGGAAGUAUCCGCGAUAAGCUAGGUCGUUCAAAGAGCACCGCACCAUCCAAAAGUCCAUUAUCCUUCCCAAGAGGAAUUCCAGAUGGUGCUCCUCCACCAGCAUAUACUUCUACAUCUCCCAUAUCUCCCACAUCGUACAACCAGGCAUCUCCGUCGUACAAUCAUGCACCUGCGCCUUAUGGUGACGCUCCCACAGCAUAUACAAAUGCUUCUGCAUCUCAGAAUAAUUCUCCUACAUUCCAUAGCAGCAGCACUUUCGCAUCACGCCACUCUUCUACAGUUCCAAAUACUGCUGGAACGAUCCCACAACAUGACCUCGAUGGCUCACCUUAUGCUCUGCUAUCUACAUUCGAUACAGUCCUCCUCAUCGAUGAUUCUACGAGUAUGGGAUGGUAUACUCACCCUACAGCUUGGGAACAAGUUUUCUUCGCUCUUCAAACCAUCGCGCCAAUCAUCACUGCCUAUGAUGCCGAUGGAAUUGAUGUCUACUUCAUGAACCACAAAAGUAAGCACAAGGGUAAUGAAAACGAAGGCAUAGCCGCCACUGGAUACUACAACAUCCAAAACGCCGCAUCCGUCGAAGAAGUAUGGUCAAUCGUCGACAAACCCCAAGGAAUAACCCCCACCGGCAAACGCAUCCGAGACAUCCUCUCUCCCUACAUGAAGCGCGCCAAGAAAGAACUCAAAGCAGGACGCGAAAUCAAGCCCUUAAAUCUCAUUGUCAUUACCGACGGCGCAGCCUCGGACGACCCGGAAUCCGAAAUCGUCAAAGUGGCCCGCGAGCUCGAUGAUCUCGAUGCCCCGCUCACGCAAGUCGGGAUUCAGUUCUUCCAGGUCGGGAAAGUGGCAGAGGCCAAACAGGCUCUGGAGGAUUUGGAUGAUGCGCUAGAGCAUCGCUAUCGGAUUAGAGAUAUGGUCGAUACGGUUACGUGGAAUGGAAGGGAUACUGAAGCGGGGUUGACGGGGGAUGGAAUUGUUAAGGCGGUGUUGGGGGCGAUUAUUAAGAAACUUGAUCAUAAACCUGCGAGUGGGGAAAUUCCUAGGAAUUAAUGAGUUUGUGUUUCUUUUCUUCUCUUUUCUUGUUCUUCUUCGUUCAUGCUUGCUUCGUUCGUCAACUUGAAUGCGCGAGAGAACUCCACUCAUCAAUUCGCUUCUUUGUACAUUUUACCUAUCUCUUUUGUUACUUACAUAGCUUCUCUCUUUUGCGCGCAUGGGAUUGGGAUGAACUCAUGACAUACAUACAUACGUGUGUGUGUGUCCUUUAUGAUACGGGGCUUAGAGGCGUCAAGGCAAAAUAAAACUCAUGGAAUCACUGGUGAUUAUCACCGUGGUGAUAUUCUCGUCAUUGGGGGUGGACAUAUUUUCACCGGGAUUCUUGGUAGAGGUAGAGGGGUCAUAGUUUUUUUUAAUCAGUAAUGAAUUACUCUUUGGAUUUGGAUUUGGUGUUGUGUGUAUACAAUACACA